UCUCGCGAGGCCGCGCCCCGGCUCGGCUCGCGCGGGCGUAGUGCACGCGGUUGUGGCCGCCUGGCGGCGGGAGAAGCCGCACUCGCGCCAACGGACGUGUUUCUGCGCUCGCGUGGUCAUGGAGGCGCUGCCGCUGCUAGCCGCGACGACUCAGGCCCAUGGCCGGCAAUUAAGGCUGCUUCUGCUGCCGCUACUGCUGUUCCUGCUGCCUCCUGGAGCUGUGCAAGGCUUGGAGACAGAGGAGAGGCCCCGGAACCGCGAAGAGGAGUGCCACUUCUACGCGGGUGGACAAGUGUACCCGGGGGAGGCAUCCCGGGUGUCAGUCGCAGACCACUCCCUGCACCUAAGCAAAGCCAAGAUUUCCAAGCCAGCACCCUACUGGGAAGGAACAGCUGUGAUCGAUGGAGAAUUUAAGGAGCUGAAGUUAACUGAUUAUCGUGGGAAAUAUUUGGUUUUUUUCUUCUACCCACUUGAUUUCACGUUUGUGUGUCCAACUGAAAUUAUCGCUUUUGGCGAUAGACUUGAAGAAUUCAGAGCUAUAAAUACUGAAGUGGUAGCGUGCUCUGUUGAUUCACAGUUUACCCAUUUGGCCUGGAUUAAUACCCCUCGAAAACAAGGAGGACUUGGGCCAAUAAGGAUUCCACUUCUUUCAGAUUUGACCCAUCAGAUCUCAAAGGACUAUGGUGUAUACCUAGAGGACUCAGGCCACACUCUUAGAGGUCUCUUCAUUAUUGAUGACAAAGGAAUCCUAAGACAAAUUACUCUGAAUGAUCUUCCUGUGGGUAGAUCAGUGGAUGAGACACUACGUUUGGUUCAAGCAUUCCAGUACACUGACAAACAUGGAGAAGUCUGCCCUGCUGGCUGGAAACCUGGUAGUGAAACAAUAAUCCCAGAUCCAGCUGGAAAGCUGAAGUAUUUCGAUAAACUGAAUUGAAAAAUACUUCAAGUUAUGAUGCUUGAAAGAUCUCAAUAAAGUUCGCGGUUGUAUUAACACA